AUGGAAUCUAAUAGCAGUAAUCCAUAUAAAGAUUGUUUGGUUAAUGAAGAAAGAAGGCUUAUUGAUGAAAGGACUAAUGUAGGGACAGUAGAAAAGAAAAAAAUAGCUAUACACAUGGCUCAAUCUAACAGUGACAACCAUACAAAAGAGCUCGAUCUGGGUACUAAAACACCUAAACCUAUACAACCAAUAUUAAGUGCAUAUCCUUGUACUGGAUUGGGGAAAGAUAGAAGAUGUUUUCAACCUCAGUGGUACAAAUCCUUUACUUGGAUAGAAUAUAGCAUUACCAGAAACGCUAUUUUUUGUUUUCCUUGUCGUAAUUUUCCCACACAACCUCAAAAAGGUUAUCUGUUUGUUAUAGGUUAUCAAAAAUUUCGUAAGGUAAAAGAAUUCUUAACAGCUCACGGAGAAACAAAUGGUCAUGCAACGAAUGUGAUUCUCUGGAACCAUUUUAAACAAUCUUUAAUAGAAGGGACCAUUAAAGAAAAAUUUGUAGCUCUAACUAAAUCAGAAAUAAUGCCACCGGGCAAUGCUCAUUAUUGCUCACCUCCAUUACAAAAUCAAAUGCUAUCUGCAGCGGGAAACAUAAUCUUAAAGUACAUAGCUUCAGAAAUAAGGGAGGCAGGUUAUUUUGAUGUCAUGGCUGAUGACACUCGUGAUGUUAGCUCAUAUGAACAAUUUUGUAUAUGUGUUAGAUAUGUUGAUAAAACAAAUACACCAAAGGAAUUUUUUAUAUCUUUUGAAAAAGUUGUAGACUUAAAUGCAGAAUCAUUAACAAAGACAUUGAUAUCAACCUUAAAUAACAAUUCUAUAAAUGCGAUUUGCGUUGCUCAAGCUUAUGAUGGUGCCAGUGUUAUGAAAGGGCAUCUUUCAGGAGUCCAGGAAAAAUAUCGCAAAAAUCACAAAAUGGCUAUAUAUGCGCACUGCUAUGCACAUAAACUCAAUCUUGUAUUGAUCUCAGCAUGCAAAUAUUUACCUCAGUCUAGAAAAACAAAUAUAGGAGAGAACAGGGCUAGUUGGCGCAAUUUUUGUCAAAAUCAUCAUAGCUCCGAAAAUAAUGAUCAUAUAAGAUCUUACAAAAUACCAAUAGAUACCUUAAACAUCUACCUAUAA